AUGUUCUCCCGACCGAUUCCGGCCACGGCGGCCAAUCUCAUUGAGACUAGCCAAGUGCGCAGGAGAUAUUAUAGUGCACAAGUGUACGCGCAGACACAAUUGCACUCUCUAUUCCUGUCAUCCUCAUACUCCGGUGGGACGACCACUCGACACGACCAGGCAAGGGGGUUGCCGCCUUACCCCACUGGCUCCGUAAGGGCGGUGAGGGAGAAGGGCGGGAAGGGCGGAAAGGGCGGAGGCUGUGACGUCAGCGGUCGACGCCCGAACAGC